AUGCAGCAUCAGCCCUUCCCACUAGGCACUUCCUUCCUUUUCCCGAACGUUCAGGAGGGAGGGCCGCGCACUUAUAAACCCGGGCCCCGGCCCCCCGGCAUGUCAGAGGCUGCCUCUGCAGGGCUGCGCGCCGCGGCUGGACGCCUCUGGGCUGGGACCAACGUAAGCGGCUGUCGCCAGCAGCGCCCUGCGCCUCUCAGCCCGGAUCCGACUUGGGCCCCGUCGCGGCGGUUGCGCUCUCCCCGGCGCCUGCACAAGGAGUGCCGGGACAGCAUGCUUCGGGUCCUGCUCCUCGGUGUUCUGGCCCCCGCUGGCCUGGGGCUCUCCUCACCUCCAGGGCCGCAGCCACGCGGCAGCCAGUGCGUGGAGCACGACUGCUUCGCGCUCUUCCCCGGCCCCGCGACCUUCCCCGCCGCCAGCCAGGCCUGCGAGCAGCUGGGGGGCCACCUGAUGACCGUGCGUUCCUCAGUGGCGGCUGAUGUCAUUUCCCUGCUACUGAGCGGCGACAGCGGCGACAGCCCGCGCCUCUGGAUCGGCUUGCAGCUCCAGCACGGCUGCGACGACCCCGAGCAACUCGGGCCCUUGCGCGGCUUCCAGUGGGUUACGGGAGACAACCGCACCAGCUACAGCAGGUGGGCGCGGCUCCACGUCGACAGGGCGCCUCUCUGCGGUCCCCUGUGCGUCGCAGUCUCCGAGGCCGGGGCCCUAGCAUCCGGCGAGCCGGCCUGGGAGGAGCAGCAAUGCGACGCGGAGGCCGACGGUUUCUUCUGCGAGUUCCACUUCGCAGCCUCCUGCAGGCCCCUGCUCGUGGACUCUGGCGCGGUGGCGGCCGCCGGUGUAGCGAUCACCUAUAGCACCCCGUUCCGGGCCCUUGGCGCUGACUUCCAGGCGCUGCCGGUGGGUAGCUCCGCCGCUGUAGAGCCCUUCGGAGUGGAGCUGGAGUGCGUGGCGCCGCGGGGAGAGGCCGAGGCGCGCUGGGGCCGGGAAGCGCCUGGCGCCUGGGAAUGCAGCGUGGAGAACGGCGGCUGCGAGCACACUUGCAACGGGAGCGCCGGGACGUCGCACUGCCUCUGCCCAGCUGACGCCGCCCUGCAGGCGGACGGGCGCUCCUGCGCCGCCGCGCCUGAGGAGCAGUCCUGCUACGAACUCUGCGAGCAUUUCUGCAUUCCCAGCCCGGACGUGCCUGGUUCCUACUCGUGCAUGUGUGAGACCGGCUACCAGCUGGCUGCAGACCAGCACCGGUGCGAGGACGUGGACGACUGUAUCCAGAUGCCCAGUCCCUGCCCGCAGCUCUGUGUUAAUACGCAGGGCGCCUUCACUUGCCACUGCUACCCGGGCUACGACAUGGUGGACGGCGAAUGCGUGGAGCCCGUGGACCCGUGCUUCGGGAGUAACUGCGAGUACCAGUGCCAGUCCGUGGGCCAAAAUGACUAUCGCUGCAUCUGCGCUGAGGGCUUCGUACCUAGCCCUCAGGCCCCGCACAGGUGCCAGAUGUUCUGCAACCAGACUACAUGCCCAGCUGACUGCGACCCCAACAACCCGGAUUCCUGCCAGUGCCCUGAUGGCUACAUCCUGGACGAUGGCUACAUUUGCACGGACAUCGAUGAGUGUGAGAAUGGAGACUGCCCCGAUGCGUGCCGCAACCUCCCUGGCACGUACGAGUGCAUCUGCGGGCCUGACUCGCCCUUUGCCGGCCAGGUUGCCACUGACUGUGACCCCAAGAUAAACGGUGACAAUGACAGUGACAGUGACAGUGACAGUGGCUCUGGGGAGCCCCCGGUCAGCCCGACUCCUAGCACCACCUCCAUCCCCUCGCCGGUAGGGCCCCUGCAUUCUGGAGUGCUCAUCGGCAUCUCCAUCGCCAGCCUAUCUCUGGUUGUAGCUCUUUUGGCGCUCUUGUGCCACCUGCGCAAGAAGCAAGGCACCACGCGGGCGGAGCUGGAGUACAAGUGUGGGUCCCCAGCCAAGGAGGUGGUGCUGCAGCAAGUGCGAACCGAGCAGACGCCCCAGAAGCUCUGAGGGCCUGCCUCCCUGGACCCUGGUGUUGGCUAGGCCUUCCCUCCCUCCCCUCC